AUCCACUGCCCUUCAACUGUUAUAACCCAGAGCAAUCUCGGAUAAUUCCGAAAGCCCAAACAGGUGAUAGAUGCCACCGGCCGAAUCCACAGUCGUUCCGGUGGACUGCGAGAGGUUGCAUCGGGCGCUGUGCGAAUGCCACCGGCGUGUUUCGCCGGGUCUCGGACGCAAAGUGUCCUGUCGUCACUUGAAUCGGGCCUUGGCCCAGUGCAUGAUUUCGGUGGCUUGUCCGGAGGAAUCGGAGGCGGUUCGCAGCCUGUGUGCUAGCGGCGGGACUGCCCUGAAGCGGUCGCAGUGCCAGCAGGCCCAGCUCUCUCUAUCCAUCUGCCUCGCUUCUCAUCAACACGACUCCUCUCCUGAAUCAUGAACAAAGCUCCCUCUAACCUCACUUUUUUCUCUGUUUCUUGUGAUCUGCAGCUCCACAAGCGAGUUUUUUUUUAUAUUCAACGCAUGGUUCCCGUCUGCUGCAAGUUGAAGCUGCAUAUCAUUGCAUGAGGAAGUGAUGAACAGUUAUAUGAGCAGUAGUGAUGGUGUUAAAGUGGCUUCUUUGUUCCUGUCUAUUGCAAGAUGAAGCUACAUCUCUUUCCAACUUUGCAUGACAAACAGUCAUAUGAGCAGUAGUAAUGAUAUUAAAGUGGCUUCUUUGUUUGAUUAACGUUACGCAGUGCUAGCUGGGAGAGGCAGGAAUUGUACCUAGUGCAUCUUGAGUGAGUGCAAGUGAAUAUUAUCAACUUGAAGAGCAUUGCGUGAAGUAGGCAUCUACAUCAUGAACAUAAGGCUGGUGCUUUUGGUUGCAUUGGAGGUCUCUGGCUUGUUUUUAAUGUGAUGAACAUUCUUUUGUAUAUGGCCACAGAGGCCUUCUAGAAGAAGGAAAAUGACUUGCUGAAACUGUCAGGAUGUAAAAAAGCAUCUGUAGGGGAGCAUUCCAACCUAGAGAAGCACACUCUCGCAAGCAGGGGUGGAUGAAGCAAAACUGAGAAUGACAGCUCGAGUCCAUUGUUUCGAGGACAUGGUUGUGAAAUUGGCCGUCCUAUAAAUUUGUGGAAGUACAUUGCUUUUUCCAAAAAUAAAGGGAGAAUACUUUUCACUGUUUUGGUUUUC